GAAAGACUCGUGUAUUAUUUAUUGCCAUCCUCCAAAUCAUAUAUCGAUUCAAUUCGAUUCGUGAAAAUUAGGGUUUGUGGAGAGAGAGAGAAGAGAAAAGCCUGCGAAGAUGAUAGAGGUGGUGCUCAACGAUCGCCUUGGCAAGAAGGUUCGUGUUAAGUGCAACGAAGACGAUACCAUCGGUGACCUCAAGAAGCUCGUCGCCGCUCAGACGGGCACCCGUGCCGACAAGAUCCGUAUACAGAAGUGGUAUAACAUCUACAAGGACCACAUCACCCUUAAGGACUACGAGAUCCACGACGGCAUGGGCCUCGAGCUCUACUACAAUUGACCUCCAAUCCCUCAUCCACUCUUGACAGCGAUGUGGAGGAUAUAAGAGACAUACGGUAUCAAGUUAUAAUCCCAUAAUAUAAUAUAAUAUAUCAAAUCAGCUGCUCCUCAAAAUUAUUUAAAUUCGUCUACCUCCGUUCGAUGGGGAGUCAGCCGAGCACUAGACUGGCCAUGGUUUGGAGUUCUCGACGUUGACCAAACUAAUACCGCCCCCCGCUGGGGGGGGGGGGGGGGGGUUUGGAUUCGUCAUUUAUUCGUUAGUGUUUUUUGAAAAGCCAUUUGUUAGUGUUUUUAUAACCCGUAAACUUUUUAAUUGGCCCAAUUUAUCAACCUUGAAGCUGUCCUUAAAAUAAAACUGUUCAGGCUAUUUUUAAAGAAAGGAAAGUGCUAUUUGAAGGUGUUUAUACCACAUACCAUCUAUACAUAAUUUAAUUUAUUAUGCUACGUAUAUUAAAUUAUUAAAUUAAACUAUGCUACGUAGAUGUUGUAUGGUGUAAAAGUCUUCAAAUAUGAUUAUUCUUUUUGGAAAACUAUUCUUCAGUACUUAGAAUAGAGAGGCAUGGAAAAAGAUUAAGCUAGAAUCAAAUAUUCCUAUAUUAUUAUAAAGACUUCUUUAUUAAUCUACACUUAUUCAAAUUGAAACACCAAACAUUUAAUCUCUGUAAAUGACAGUUGCAUUUCAUUUAGGCAUUUUGAUCAUGAUGGCAAAUUUGAUAUAAUAUCUUGCAUGCAAAUACUGUUGUGCACCUGCUUUUUCUUCUCUCCCCAAUAUAUGUUGUUUUCCUCAUGCAGCUGAUCUGUGUGCAAGAAAAAUGAGAAAUCUCUUUCAAACCACCAGUUUUUCUUCUUCACACAUUCGAAAUGAGCUACAACUUAACUAGUGAGUGUCCCGGCAAGAAUAUUGGUCUUUGCCUUCUUUUUACACCAUUUUAAUGGUUUUCUGGCGUAAGCAUUUUCCACUUGUAGCUGGGUCCACCACCAAUGAAAAAUUUGCUCCUCAAAUUGAUCAUCAAACAGCCUCUUAAUGAACAAUAUAUAUACAACUUUUGGUGUACUUUGGUUUUCUUGCUUAGUUUCUUGUGUUUCUCGCUGUGAAUGAGAUCUAGAUCAUAAAGAAUACACAAAGAAUGCCGGCUUGGGAUAUUUUGCUUGUCUU